AUGGACGAUUUGAUUCAGAUUAAGUGUGUGGUGGUUGGGGACGGAGCAGUUGGAAAGACCUGUAUGCUAAUUUCCUAUGUAGAAGAUAAAUAUUCGGAUAAAUACAUUCCAACAGUAUUUGAAAAUCAUUCUGCUAAUGUUAGGCACAAGGAUAAAACUGUAAAUUUAACCCUUUGGGAUACAGCUGGACAAGAGGACUACGAUAAAUUACGUCCUUUAAGUUAUCCCGAUACCAAUGUGUUUGUCAUCGCAUUCUCUGUGGUUAGCAGAACAUCCUUUGAAAACGCUCUUAGCAAGUGGUAUCCUGAGAUUUCAUUCCAUUCACCUAACACUCCAUUCGUUUUGGUUGGCACGAAAAUUGACCUCCGUGAUGAUAUGAAAGAAAUUGAAAAGCUCAAAAGAGAGGGUACUGAACCAAUCACAAGGAAAGAAGGAGAAGAAAUGGCUAAGAAAAUGAAAGCGUAUGAUUUUUGUGAAUGCAGCGCAAAAAACAAAACUGGAUUGAAAGAAGUUUUUGCAACAGUCAUCGAGGCAUACAUUAAUCCAAAAAAGAACAAGGAAGGAGGAUCACGAUCUAGUUGUCAGCUAAUCUAA